AUGCCAAGCCACGGCUCGAGCACAAAAAUACUCGAGCUGGGGUGCCGGAGGGGAACCUGCGUAGUGCUACGCACGGCGCAAACUCAGGGGGCGACGAUGGCGAAGGGCGCCAAGCAAGACCCGACGACGAUGCGUCGCGCGGGUCGUCCGAGCGUGGAGCCCAGGAAGGGCCCGCCCUCGAUGACCGGGUUCGCCGACCAGUCCGCGCGCCACAGGACCAUGGCCCGCUCGCUGGCGCAUCCCAACUUCGACCCGUCGACGAAAGCCGGCGCGCACGUCCUCUCCCGCGUCGCGCGCGCCGUCGACGCCAUGGAACGCGAGCAGCUCUCAUCCGCCAAGCUCGAGUUGGAAUCGUCGCGCACCUUCUCGCACCUCUCGACGCAAGUCGCGCAGCUCAAGCGGGCGAUGAGCGCGCUGGCGGACGCCGUGGUGGGCGAGCUCGACGAGAUCCGCGCGGAUCACGACGCGUGGCGCCUGAAGAUGGAGCGAUACGAGCGCGUCAUCGAGGAAAAAGUCGCCGCGGUGGACGCGACGCACGCGGACAAGGAUGCCGUUCGGCGGCUCGCCCGGGAAGAGGCCAGGUCCGCGCUGUACGAGUUGAAGGCGGAGAUUGGAAACGCGACGGAGUGCGUGGCGGACGCGAGGGCGGCGCUCGCGGAGACCGAACGGCGCAACGCGGAGACGGGCGCGGCGUUGGCGCGGCUCAAGGACGUCGCCCGCGCGUCCGACGUCAAGCUGCAGGAUCAGGUUGACGCGAUAAAGGCUCGGCUGGCCGUCAUGAUGAGCGGGGGCGGCGUGGACGGGGGCGUCGGUUCGGGCGCGGGCGGCGUCGGGAAUAACGGGGGCGGAAACAACGGGGGAAUCGCGUACGCCAGCGAGUCUGACCUCGUCGCGCUGAGGGACUGGGCGAGGGAGGUUGCGACGGGCCACGACGCGCGGUUGCGAAGGGUCGAGGGAUUUGGAUUUGGUUUUGGCGAACGCGGGUCUUCGCGCGAUGGAACCCCGACGUCCGCGCCGCCGCUGCGGGGCAUGUCGCCGUACAUGUCCCCGCGACCGCCCAAGGCGCCGGGAUACCCUGGAUACUGA